AAUAAUUUACAGGACCCGCUUUACCUACAAAUACACUUGCAACAUUAAGUGUGGUCCACUUCAGUCACAACAUCAGUUACGAACAGCUUCCAUCACCGGAAUACAAUGAGAUUUAUAUUUUAAAGCACUUCAAGCACUGCUGCGGAGAAGCGGAGAGGUAAAUCUGAGGUGUAAAACAACAUUGACUCACACUGAAGUCUCAACAAGAACAAGAACUUACUGUACAGACAGAUUUCUUCAUCAUGGCCAAUAAACCUCUGCCACUAUCUCAGGAGACUUUAGCCCAGUUCAAUCAUUCCCUCACAACCGAAUCAGGCCCUCCCGCACCCCCGAGACGACGUCUGGGCUCUAUGUCCACACACCGCAGCUCCAAAGAUCAACCACACCACAGGCCGAUGCUCCUCAGAACCAUGACAGGCCUUUCAUCCGACUCAUCUUUCCUGAGUCCCACCGUUAGCCAUUCUCACAUGGGCAAGAGGUUUUCAUUGGCGGGCUGGCAGCAAGGAGGAAGAUUAAGUUUCUCUGGUUUGUACGUCCCCCAACCCAUCCAGGAGGUCCACGUGGAGAACACCUACAGGAUGGGUCCGGACGAGGGCAGCCGCUUUAGCUCCAGCAGGACCCAUCAGAUAACAAAAGCCACUUUGGAGAGUUUUUUGGACGGUGUGCGUUACAAUCCUGACAGUUGUGGCCAGCUGUGUCAGAUGUUAACAGAUCUGUUGCUCAGUAAGCUGAAGGACGUCAACCCGCCACGCUACAAACUUGUUUGUCAGGUGGUGGUCGGGCAGAGCGGUGAGCAAGGCCUGGGGGUGGCCAGCCGCAGUUUGCUCAAUUCAGACACUGACAACUACACAUCUGCAGUUUUUCAAAACCAGUCACUGUUCGCUGUGGCUAUAGUACACGGUGUGUAUUUUGAAUAAAAGCUACCACAAAUCAA